AUGUCAGAAGCUGACACUAAUGUCCAAUUGGUCCGCGAUACUCGCACAGCAGAUCGUUGUACAUCGCCAUAUUCUAUCGGAACCGGCUUGCCGUUCGCAAAAACGCAGGAGUAUGUGGUGCCGAGGUCCACGCCGAUCGUGCACGUUGUGUUCAGUGGCGGAACAAACCGUCAGUGGAUCGCACAAGUCAACCUGCGCGUGGUUCUGCAGAUGAGUGGCACGCUGCGUUUCGGUGCUCCUUCGCUGCAAGGCCUGAUAGAGACGAGCAAACAUGGCAGAAAUGCUGACUCGGGGCGUUGGGGCCGAGCUUGGGCACCUCGUAAUCUUACCACCCCGGCAAGUUCAGGUUUCGCGACGAGAGCUCUCCAUCAACCUUUGGCAUCAUCCGAUCUUCGACAAUCCGUACCAAUGAGCCGUUCCGCGCCAGAUAUAUGCGAAACGCUUAACUUGACGAGCGACGGCCUCCCGCGAUGUCGAACCUUUGCUGGCCCUCGGGAUAGUAUUCUGGACUACGCCGACCAUGUGCGAUCCCGACUCACGAACGAGAAGCGAAUGGACUUCAAUACGGUGGUGGCGCGUUUGUUUGACAGUGGCGAACUACGACAGGAUGUCUUCAAGCAGAUGUUGGAGGAGAGUGCGGGAAUAUGCACCUGGGACUGCUGCUACUCGAGUACUCCUCUUUGGGACCUUGAGACACCGCAAGUCAAGGACUACUUCGAUAAGGGCAAAGUUGCGGACCAUACCAAGAAGCGGCCGGCAAUGCGAGCGCUUCAACUCUUCCCCUGGGCGGCAGUCCAGGAAGCCUUGCAAAACGCGCACAUCCGACGGGUGUCUGGUUACAGCCGAGGCUCCGCCAAAGGCAGGCUGACGCCUGUCGACUUCGUAGCGGCAUUGAAGGAUCUCCAGGUAGGACUCGGCACUCCCGGCGGGCCUUAUGUCCUGGGAAGCCAGCAACGCGUUCCGUACCCCGUGACUUUCUGCAAGCAUCAUCCGCACCUACCAACUCCACAUCCACUGGUCACGCGGAGUAUGGCUCCAAGUCAGAUUCCAUGCCACCAGAUUCAGCCAGCAGAGCGUCGCCGACCCGUCAACGCACGUGAAAAGACCGUCACCGAACAGCAUGAUCAAGGCCAGCAAAGGAAACGGCGCGCGGCAUCAGCUUCUCCAUGCCCGUCAGUAAUCAUGAUACCAGGCUCACCCACUUCUGAAGAGAAUGUUAGCAAUCAAGAAAGCCAUGCGUCAAGCCCCACACCGCAGCCAUACGUCAAACGACCAAGGCGAGCAAGACCUUUCACUGACGGUGUGGACGAGGCACUCGAGUCAUGGUUAGAGAGCCUAGUGCUUGGGCAUCUAUUAGGCCCCGAUUUCGUAUUUCAGGCUCUCGAAUGCAUUUGCGACUUCGCGGCAGGCUUUGAGGCUGCCAAGCCUGGCUCCACGAUUACGUAUGAAUCCUUGGCCGAAAAUGUCACGCGACUGGUGCCCGUGAAAGUCAGCAACGACCAUUGGAUUCUUGGUCGGGUUCGACAUGGGUGCCCCGUCAUUCUUUACGAUCCAAAGGGCUCCUGCGAUUCUACCGCUGGUCUUGAUCGUGUUCGAACCGUUGCAGGUGGAAGGUUCUACCGCUCCUCUCCCGUCUUCCAGCAAAACGAAGGAGAAUCUGAGGUUCUGCUUCUCUACAUUGCUCUUUGCCUCGUCGGACAGAGCGACAUCCCACCAACGGUCGACAUGUCCUUCUGUCGACAUCUUCUGCACUCUGUAUUGCACACAGACUCUCUCGAGGAAGCUAGCGGCGCCGCUCGCGUUCGUCUCGACAUACAGCGCCUGCUCAAUCCAAUAAUAGUGGAUUCGAGCACUUGGGGUCGGGCAGGUGUCCGGUUAUCGGACGUAAGGGAAGCACUGGAGCGGAUACGUGAAGCAGAAGAAGCGAUGCGGAGUGAUCUAGCCCUCAUGUUGCCAUCGGCGCAUCACACCGCAGCUCUUUUUGAGAAGCUCAUUGCUUCUUACUCUGGUGCGCCUACCCCAUCAUCAUAUCGCAUCAGGAUUGGACUCGAGUUUUGCGAUCGUGUCAAGGAUGGGAUUCACAGUAAAUAG